AUGUCGCCCUCAGAGCUGAUGGCCCGCAACUCGCAGACCGGGCCCCACCGCUGCGGCCGCACCAACCCUACCACCGGGAAGCCGUGCAACGCCGUCUUCAGCCGGCCGUACGAUCUGACCCGCCACGAGGACACCAUCCACAACGUGCGGAAACAAAAGGUGCGGUGUGCGCUCUGCGUCGAGGAUAAGACAUUUAGUCGCAGCGAUGCGUUGACGAGACAUAUGCGCGUGGUGCAUCCUGAGGUGGACUUCCCGGGGAAGCAUCGGCGACGGGGUGGGUCGAGGGGUUGA